UCAUGAUUUUUAGUUCAGUAGAAACCUUCAUCCAAAAUGAAACUUUCCAUCAUUUGUUUCACGUUAAUUUUUUGUUCCACGGCGGACGAAACCAAAGAUUUGAUCGAAGGAGCUCUCAAAUCAUGCGGAGCUCAAAUCGACGGUCCGAAUAAUAUUGGUAAGUUGGUGUUGGAACGAAACGCAGACGAAGCAAAAUUGGGCGCUACGAUAUUUUGCGCCAAUAAAAAAAUUAAUCUGCAACGUACCAACGGAGACAUAAAUCUCGACGUACUGGGAAAUUUCCUUACAACCGGCAACAGGGACGAAGAAACGGCUAAAAAAAUUAUGGAUUGCGGACGAGCCAAAGGCGAUUCCGGCGCAACGAAAGCUUUUAAUUUUUUAAAAUGUCACGAGAUGGCGAUUAAAACUUAAUAUAAAAAUAAUAAAAUAUACAAAAAUU